GGUUUCCCUUACGCUAUUUUAUGGUUAAGGUAUUAAAUUUUGAACAAAAAUCAAACCUUUAAACAAUUAUUCUUUAUAAGGAAGAGCUGGCGUGAAUGAAUUGACCAUUGGCGUAACGGUUAAAUUUUGUUAGUUGACCGAUUUUAUUGUGAUUAGUCAGAGACGUUAUAUUUAUCCGAUCUUCAACAAGGCCUAAACACUGACAAUUAAAAAAAUUGGUACUAAGAAUUUGAUCUAGCUUUAGGACUAGCCUAUAUUUAAAAUGGAGACCACACCAGAUGGGAAAACCAAAAUGCCAAAAGUGGCGAAAGUUAAGAAUAAGAUGCCUGCUCCUGUACAGAUCACAGCUGAACAGUUGCUACGUGAAGCAAAAGAAAGAGAAUUGGAAUUGGUACCGCCACCACCAAAACAGAAAAUAUCAGAUCCAGAAGAAUUGGCAGCUUAUCGUAUGCGUAAACGAAAGGCGUUUGAAGACAAUAUUCGUAAGAAUAGAAGUUGGAUGACAAAUUGGAUAAAGUAUGCACAAUGGGAAGAAAGUCAAAAAGAAUAUCAAAGAGCAAGGUCCAUCUGGGAAAGAGCUCUUGAUGUUGAUCACAGAAACAUUACAGUAUGGCUUAAAUAUGCUGAAAUGGAAAUGAGAGCCAGACAAAUUAACCAUGCCAGAAAUAUUUGGGAUCGUGCUGUCACCAUUUUACCCAGAGCCAAUCAGUUUUGGUAUAAGUACACAUAUAUGGAGGAGAUGUUAGAGAAUAUAGCUGGAUGUAGACAGGUUUUUGAGCGAUGGAUGGAAUGGGAACCAGAAGAACAAGCCUGGCAUGCUUACAUUAACAUGGAACUGCGAUAUAAAGAAUUAGACAGAGCUAGAUCCAUUUACGAGCGCUUUGUUAUUGUACAUCCAGAGGUCAAGAACUGGAUAAAAUAUGCCAAAUUUGAAGAAAAGAACUCAUACAUCAGUAGUUCAAGAAGAAUUUAUGAAAGAGCUGUUGAAUUCUUUGGUGAAGAUAACAUGGAUGAAAAGUUACUGAUUGCCUUUGCUAGAUUUGAAGAAGGUCAAAAAGAACAUGACAGGGCAAGAGUUAUUUAUAAAUAUGCCUUGGAUCAUUUACCAAAAGAUUUGUGUCAAGAAAUUUAUAAACAGUACACAAUCCAUGAAAAGAAAUUUGGUAGCCGUGCUGCCAUCGAAGAUGUAAUUGUCAGUAAAAGAAGAUACCAAUAUGAAGAAGAAAUUAAAACUAAUCCAAAUAACUAUGAUGCCUGGUUUGAUUAUUUACGACUGCUUGAAGCUGAUGGAAACACUGACCAAAUAGAAGAGACGUAUGAACGUGCUAUUGCUAAUAUACCACCUUCACAAGUGAAAAGACAUUGGAGACGAUACAUAUAUUUGUGGAUAAAUUAUGCCCUGUUUGAAGAACUAGAGGCAGAAAACAUGGAGAAAACUCGCGAAGUGUACAAAGCCUGUCUAGAUAUCAUACCUCAUAAAGCAUUCACAUUUGCCAAACUUUGGCUCCUAUUCGCUCAGUUUGAAAUCAGACAAAAAAAUUUAAAUGUUGCUCGCAGAAUUUUAGGCACUGCCAUUGGCAAAUGUCCUAAAAAUAAAUUAUUUCGGGGCUACAUUGAAUUAGAAUUGCAGUUGCGAGAGUUUGACAGAUGUAGAAUUCUUUAUGAGAAGUACUUAGAAUUUUUGCCUGAAAAUUGUACUGUUUGGAUCAAAUAUGCAGAAUUAGAAACCAUUCUUGGAGACAGUGAGAGAACGAGAGCUAUCUAUGAACUUGCUAUAAAUCAGACCAAAUUAGACAUGCCAGAGGUUUUAUGGAAAGCUUACAUUGACUUUGAAAUAGAUCAAGAGGAAUUCGAAAAAACUAGAGAUCUUUAUCGAAGAUUAUUGGAAAGAACUCAACAUGUGAAAGUGUGGUUAAGUUUUGCUCAGUUUGAAAAAGGGACAAAUGAGGAACAUGCUAUUGACAAUGCUAGGGAUGUGUUUAAGCAGGCAAACAAAGCCUUAAAAACAACAGAUGAUAAGGAACAGAGGUUGAUGUUAUUAGAAUCAUGGCAAGCAUUUGAAAUUGAAACUGGUGAUGAGUCUGCUAUUGAAGCUAUUAAUAAGAUGAUGCCUCAAAAGGUGAAGAAAAGGCGAAAAAUUCAAACUGAAGAUGGUACUGAAGCUGGUUGGGAAGAAUAUUAUGAUUAUAUUUUCCCUGAUGAAGAAUCUGCUAAACCUAAUCUCAAAUUAUUGGCUCUUGCUAAAAAAUGGAAAGAAACCCAAGAUUAAAUAUUCAAAUCUUUUACAUUUUGUACAGAUUGUUAUGUUUAUAAACAAAUUGAAUG